CAUGUCAUCCAACUCCACCGCCGACAAUCUGUGUGCGCCGGACGACCACCUCUGUAACGGACAACCUGAGGACGGGAUGUCUCCGUCCACUAGCUAGCUGCCGCUGGUGUAGAGACAUGAAGACAAGACGCCAACACACAGUGGAAAACCUGCCCCAGAUGAAGAUUCACAACAGCUGUUCACCUGAGACUCACACAUAUUGUGUAGUGAAUACCUCCUGUGCUCUAAAGGGGAAACUGACCUACCAGCAGCAGUAUCUAAGAAACCUGCCACACCCACACACUUCAAGACCGGCAUAAACAAGCUCCUUUUCUCUGCCUUUAAAUUGACAGCACUGCCAUCACACUCCACUGCUGCCGGGGUUUAUUCCUGUAAAUCUUCUGUAUUCGCCGAUUCAUUAAAAUCACAAUCUUCAGGUUUCUCCUUUCAUUUCCUGACAUCUCUUCAUCCAUCUCUCCUCUCUUAAUGAUCAUUCUCUCAUCCCUGACAUUUGAAUGUGCUUUCCUAGCUUUUGCUUUUCGCCGUCUGCUUCUCGUGCGUCUCAUUUUCCACUUCUCUGCCUCCUGUGUGUGUUCAUUACAGUAAAUACCAGCAGCUCUAAACCUGGUGCCUGGAUGAUUCUGCUGAGGUUGUGUUGACAUAAAAUAUAAAGCUCCAGGAUCUGUCCUGGUGGAAAGUCUCUAACCUUACGACAGGAUGUUGGAUCAUAUUAAUGAUAACAUAUUAUAAAACUGCCAGUUGCAGAUUGCAGUGAUGUUGCAAACUCCAGAUAAAGUCACAGCGACGUGUGGUUUCACAAUUAGAUCAAAUAAGUACUGCUGACUCACCGAGAAGUCUUUAAGAACACAGAGAGAUUAAUAUAUCUGGAUAAGUAAUUUCUUGUUUGCAUGUUUUAGCUUCACUAGAAAAACCAGUAGAAGGGAACAGGGACACCAGUAAUCUCAGGGGAAUCAAACCCAGAGCUACUGGACGUAUGUGGUGUGGAAACUUCAAUCUCAAACCUGAAGUCUUUACUAAGAAUGAAAAAGAGAAGUUUUAUGAUUCUGCAGAUCCGUCACACCACACCAAAGAAUGUGUCAAAACCAGAACACGACACUCACACAGACACACACAGACACACACAAGGGGCUCUGAAGAGAUGGCCUCUGCUCCAGUUCACAGGCCAUUGUUCGAGUGUUUUACAAGGGUGUGUGUUUGUGUGUGUGUUUCUACAGGAGCCUUGUAUUCACAGGGUUGUCAGUGAAGGGUCAAUGUGAGGGAUAGUUGAUUUGAUAAAAGAAUCAACUGACAAAUAGAAAACUUUAAAUUUAACAAUGGAGCAAAACUUUUAUAUUUCCUGCUGAGUAACGUGCAGAUAAAGGAUUUAAGGUGCAGUGCGGAAACUUCUCCAGCUUUUAAUAACAGUGACUCAGCAGCUUGUCAAAGAAUCAAUCUCUGAAUGUCAGAGCAUGAGUCAUGGUUCGUCGCAGUCUCACUGUCCAAUUACAGCCCAACUUGUCUAUGUGCACAUUGCAAGACGACAAAAGCUGUUGUGUAAGCGGUGAAGUUAGGGUUGGACCAACAAACCCUGACGACAUGGGAUCUCUCUCCAAAAUAUAAAAUCUGAAAAAUUGAUAUUAAUGUUCUUCCAGUUCCAUGUUUGUCACAUGUGAGGAACUAACACAACCACUCCUCCUUCCAGACACUUUACAAAGUUCCAGACAAACUGACUGAGACAUUUAAGUUCUCCAGAAUUCAGUGCAUGACGGAGCUAUGAUCAAAAUACCUGUUUGUCCAAAUGACUGACAUUUGGUUUAACUGGUUAAUCUCUCUCUGCACUGUUCUGAAUCAUUACAUCACUGAAGCAACAGAGGGCGCUGCUGACUUUUGCAUUCAAGCAUAGUGUGAGUCAUUGAGCGAUAAAUCAACAUAUCAGCACGGCUGUUAAAUGGAGGAUGAUGUCAUGUGAAGAUGGAGCAACCUGUCAACAAACCAGCCGAACAGAUUCAUCCUGUCAAAGUGCCCCAAGCAGAACACUGAGAUUAAAUCUGCUCAACAUAAAGCACAAAGCGAGUAUGACAAAGUGUGUGGGACACAAAUCAUCACACAAAGUCUGAGGACAGGAGGAGCGGAGGACAGACAGGAGCAGGACGUGGAAUCCUUCCAAUCUGUCCUCACUUCACUGAGCUUCUUCUACUCGGACCGGACCGUGACACAUCCUCUCUCUCUCCCUCAGUGACCAGGGAGUACAUGCAGGACGUGAUCAUCGUCCCCACGCUGCUCCUCUUUGGAACACUCGUCACUCUACUGUACUUGUUCCUGCUGAAGCUCUGUCCUGAACACAAGCGCUCUCGAGUGACGGCCCCUGGAAGCUACAGCUCGGCCCGCAGACACACACAGAGGCGCAGCCGCAGAAGUCACCUACAAGGCAUCGAUGCUCCUCCUGGAAUCAACCCACUCGAACACGAGGAGCUGCCGAUGUCAGUGCAAGUGCAGCAGAACGUCCGGCCUGCACUCCCACACACGUCCACCGAGAGGCGUCACAACACCUUCAGCCAGGUCACCGCCCUGCCGCUGUCCUUCUCCAUCAAACCCUACGACACAGUCACUCUUUACCGAGCCCGCAUGGACAACAAGGACGUGGUCCUCAGAGUUCUGAAAGAACGAGUGAGCAGCAGCGAGGAGCAGAACUUCCUGGACUUCGCCUCCUUUGUCUCGGGACUGGGUCGCCACCCGUAUCUACCAGAGCUGCUGGGUGUAGUUUCAGUGCAGCCCCCCAUGAUGAUGGUGAUGGAGGAGCUGCAGCACAGAGAGCUGCUCAGCUUCCUGUGGAGAAGUAGACAGAACAACGCAGGCUCAGAGUCUCCCUGGGACAUGACGGAGAAGAGGAUCCACGUCAUGGCAGGACAAGUGGCCUCCGCUCUGGAGUAUCUGCACAGUAAAGGCUGCAUACAUGGGAAUGUGGGGGCGCGCAGCGUUCUGAUUGGUGGAGAUCUGACGGCGAAGCUGUGGGGUUUGGGCUCGGCCUAUCGACGGAGACCGCAGCCCAGCUCGCCGGGGGAGUUUCAGGACGUGGAGAUGAAGAAGUGGCAGGCGCCUGAAGUGCUGGCCAGAGGAGUCUUCAGUCCCAGUAGCGAUGUAUGGUCUUUUGGUAUCCUGCUUUAUGAAAUGGUCACUUUGGGUGACCCACCGUUCGCUCAGAUCCCGACGACUGAACUUCUGCAGCAUCUGCAAAGAGGAAAACAUCUGAAGCGCCCGGCGACAUGUUCCAGCUCCCUAUUCUCCCUCAUCACUUCCUGUUGUCACUGGAACCUCAAACACCGUCUCUCCAUCCCGCAAGUGAUAAGCAAGCUUCAGGCGGGAGAGAAAUCAGCCAAUGGGAGGACAGUCCUCAGGGCGCCUGCACCAAUCGACAUCGAGAGAUACCUGAGGGAGGCGGGAUAUGGAGAGGCCCUCAACUAUGCUGUGCUCUGAUUGGCUGAGAGCGUCAUCAGUUAGCACGAUGAUUGGAUGUUCACUCGCACCUGAAAGACCGCUGCAAGAGCUAAUUAUGAAUGAAGAACUUUAUUAGAAAAUAUUGUAAAUAUUGAAGAAACUUAUUGUACAUAAUGUUGGUGAGACUUAUUUCUGUUUUGCAAUUGUUUGUUGGAAUAUGAAGCACACUCACUUUUUAUAUUUAAUAUAUUGAAAAUAAACUUGAA